GUGCAGCUGCGGCGGGCGGGACUGUGCUCUGCGCGCGUGCGCGGAUGCUCGGUCAGGUCUUGGUCCUGUCCGGGGCCUGAGGAUGCUCGGGGUGGUGGAAGACAGGCCGUAUGCACGCGCGUGCGGAGAUCCCCUGAGAACCCCGCGUCCCCCUCCUCCAAUGCCGCUCCUGUUUAGUGGAGGCCCUGAGGACGACCGGGUUCAUGGAGUCCUCCUUACAGCUUCUGGUUCCUGGAGGAGAGGCUCUGGGCCGCGGUCCCUACACGCUUGAGCAGGGGUUUGAGUAGGAAGCACGAGGCGGGAGGCGAUAUUCCGGGCAGUUGGUCCUGGGGCCCUGGAGCAGACACUACUCUUCUCGCAGGCCUGGGGGCGCCCUGGGUAGUGGAGAGACCAGGUUGGAGUUGCAGAUUCUUGCCCCAGGAGAGGCAGUGCUACUUCAGCGAGCCCUCGGUGGGAGCCGCUGAUGGACUGCAGACUCCCAGGCUGAGGGGGGUACCAGGGCCUAGAGGCAGGUUCUAGGCAGAGCGCUCCCUGCAUCUGCUGGGGGUGUCUGAAUGCAAAGCAGGAACUUGGACGGAUAAUCCCGGGACCCACGUAGGGUAGUGCAGAGUCCUGGGCAUCGAGGGUUGGUGGAGAUGCUGGGUUGGAGGUGCAGACUGAGCCCUGGAAGGACAGAGCUGCAGGAGCUGGCAUCAGAUCGACAGCUGCCUGGGGAGGAAGCAGGAUGCUGCCGGCAUGAUGACGAACUCAGGACCUCAGGCCCCUGCUGGUGCCUGGAGGAGAGCAUGGACGAGCAGGAUGAGAAGCCCUCAGGGCCCCUGAAGGCCUGUGCGCAGGACUCUCUCCUUCCUCAAGAGAUCAUCAUCAAGGUUGAGAGAGAAGAUGCUGAGUCACUGGCCGUCCCAUCCCAGAGAACCCAACAAGUGGAUGCCAUGGACAAUGCAAGACGAGACAAUGAAGGAGUGAACUUCAAAAUUGUGACUGUGGACUUCACUCAGGAGGAAGAGGGCAUUUUGAACCCUCUUCAGAGGACCCUGGACAGAGAUGUGAUCCUGGAGAACCACAGGGACCUGGUCUCUUGGGACUUGGCAACUGCAUUUGGAAGAAGAGAAUCAACAUCAAAGCAGAGCAUUUUUGAUGAUGAACCAUCCCAUGGAGUGAAGAUAGAAAGGUUGACAAGAGAUGAUCCUUGGUUAUCUUCAUGUGAAGAAGUUCAGGAUUAUAAGGACCGGUUGGAGAAGCAACAGGAGAAACAAGAGAGACUUUUGAAGGAAGUGGCAUUUACUCAAAGGAAAGCUGUUUCUCAUGAGAGAGUCUGCAAAAGCGAUGAACUUGAGAAGAGUGGUCUGAAUUCCAGUCUUCUUUCACCUCAGAUGAUACCCAUAAGAAACUGUUUUCGUAAACAAAAUGCUUCGCAUGUUAAAAAGUUGCAUCAUAAUUCUGUUGUGAAUAAUCAUCAGAUGAUUAAUGACAGUGAGAAACUAUGUGAAAAUGAUGAAUGUGGGAAACCCCCUCAGAGCAUUCACCUUAUUCAGUUUACAAGAGCUCAAACAGAAGAUAAAUCCUAUGGAUUUAGUGACAGUAUUCAAUCUUUUAGCCUUGGUGCACCCCUAAAUAUGCAUGAGAAAAUACAUGCAAGAGGAAAAUCCUUUGACUUUAAAGAAUGUGGGCAAGUUUUGAACCACAGCAUAUCCCAUAAUGAACGACAGGGAAUCUCUGUUGAAGCGAGUCAAUAUAAAUAUAGUAAAACCUCCCAGAGUUCAUCCCUUGCUCAACACAUGAGAAAUCAUUCUGAAGAGAAACCCUUUGAAUGUAACCAAUGUGGGAAAUCCUUCAGCUGGAGUUCUCAUCUGGUUGCGCAUCAGAGAACUCAUACAGGGGAGAAACCGUAUGAAUGUAACGAAUGUGGGAAAUCCUUCAGCCGGAGCUCUCACCUCGUUUCCCACCAGAGAACUCAUACUGGAGAGAAACCUUAUAGAUGUAAUCAGUGUGGAAAGUCCUUUAGCCAGAGCUAUGUCCUUGUUGUGCAUCAGAGAACUCAUACUGGAGAGAAGCCUUAUGAAUGCAAUCAAUGUGGAAAGUCAUUCAGGCAGAGUUAUAAACUUAUUGCACAUCAAAGAACUCAUACUGGAGAGAAGCCCUAUGAAUGCGAUCAAUGUGGGAAAUCAUUUAUCCAGAGCUAUAAACUUAUUGCACAUCAAAGAAUUCAUACCGGAGAAAAACCCUAUGAAUGCAAUCAAUGUGGAAAGUCCUUUAGUCAGAGUUAUAAACUUGUGGCCCAUCAGAGAACUCACACAGGAGAAAAACCCUUUGAAUGUAACCAGUGUGGGAAAUCCUUCAGCUGGAGCUCUCAGCUUGUCGCACAUCAAAGAACUCAUACUGGAGAGAAACCCUAUGAAUGUAGCGAGUGUGGGAAAUCUUUCAACCGCAGUUCUCACCUUGUUAUGCAUCAGAGAACUCAUACUGGGGAAAAACCCUAUGAAUGUAAUCAGUGUGGGAAGUCCUUCAGCCAGAGUUAUGUUCUUGUUGUACAUCAGAGAACUCACACUGGAGAAAAGCCCUAUGAGUGCAGUCAGUGUGGGAAAUCCUUCAGGCAGAGCUCAUGCCUUACUCAGCAUCAGAGAACUCAUACUGGAGAGAAACCCUAUGAGUGUAAUCAAUGUGGGAAAACGUUCAGCUUGAGUGCUCGACUUAUUGUACAUCAAAGAACUCAUACUGGAGAGAAGCCCUUUACGUGUGGUCAGUGUGGGAAAGCUUUUAUUAAUAGCUCUAAACUUAUUAGACAUCAGGCAACUCAUACUGAAGAGAAAAGCUAUGAAUGUAACUAGUGUGGAAAUCUUUCAGCUGGAGUUUCUUUCAUUCUUUUUUUUCCUUUUUUUGUUCUCUUUCAAGGGAGUAUCUUUAUUGGGAAGAACUAGUAUAAAAACAACGUAUGUGGAAAAGCUUUCAGUUAGCUCUCUGUUAUUGUGUGUCUGGAAAUUUGUUCUGGAGAAGAAAGGAGGGGAAACUACCAAUCACAUAUUUUACUUAGCAAUUCCAUAUUCAAAAUAAAACUUAGCCGUUAUGACAUAUUCCCACAAAAGUAAUAAAUAUUGGCACUUUUCAUGCAGAAAGCACUCAGACCCAAAUUUCAGAGAAUUACCAUUAAAUGGGCAAAAUGCUGUGGAGUGAGUGCCGGCGAAGUAGACUUCUGUUCCAGUGAAGAGUAAAUGAGAAUGCUAGCACUGGUGGGCUUGUUGUUGAGACGGUUGGAAAGUCUUUGUAGUUAUUAGAACUUAGGCCAGAAAACAGAACUUCAAUGUAUCCUUUUAUGACAUGAUUUCCCCAGUAGCUAGUUUGUAAUCUGUUUCAUACAGCACUUUCUCUUUUAUGUGAAGAUGUUGUAAAAAUUAGGAAAAUGGCUAUGAUCUGAAGUGAAAAAUGCAGGACAAGAGUAUAGAAUAUUCAUUUCUAGAACUAUUGUGAUAAGAUAUUUGUGUGUGGAUCAGAACUGAAAGGGAUUCUGGGUGUAUCUAUUUGAUUUUUAAGUGUAUGACUGGUUUUCUUCUUUUUUGGAUUGUAUGCUAUUUUGGUAUAAUAAAUGAUUUGAUGAGUAAAAAUUAGUCAAAGACAAAGAAAAAGUUUUUCAUUUCUUUUGUCUAACCAUUUAGGAAAGACUGGGUGACAAGAUAGCAAAGAUUCCUCAGGGUUAUGAGAUUUCCUUUUGGAUAAGCAUGAGCAGAUCACUCCUUAGGACUUAGAUUCCCAGGGAUAGUCCCCAUUGAAAAUAAAAUAUUUACCUGGGAAUGUGGAACUGGAAAUUUACAACAGAAAUGGUAUGAGGGUAUCCUUCUGUAUGAGGGAUUGAGAAUGAAUGGGCAGUAUAGAGGACUUUUUUCAUAUAUCCAAAGCAGUGUAAAGGAGCUCUAUUUUUGAGGUAUUUUUCUCCCCUUAUGUAGUAGUAUCUUUUUUCUCUGGGAUAUGUUCCCUAAUAUAAAAGUCUUCUGAGUGGGAAGUCAUUUCCCUGGCUAAGUGCUCAUCACCUAAAUUAAGCUUGCAAGAAUGCUUUUAGUUGAGGCAAGAUUUAUAUAGCUACUGAUUGAGCUUUUUAGAUUUGAUUUACUUGUCUUUCUGGCCUUUGCCCCUAAACCAUGAAUUCUAAUCCUAUGGAUUAUCAUGGACCUGAAACUUCUGAUGCCAGAGAGUUAGUAAAAAAUAACCUGAGAGAAUAAAAGUAAAUUCCCUGGAGAAAGAAAUUGAGAAAGCUAAAGUGACAUUUGAUAGGGAUUACCCCUUAGUAAAAUUCUCUCCCCACAAGAUGACCCUAAGUGGAGCCAUCUCUAUGAGGAUUAAGCCAGAGAGUGCAGCACACCUGGCAGUGACUGAAGGUCUGGGAGAACAAUUGUUGAUGGCUGGGAAACUGGCUCCCCAUCCCAAGGGAACCUUCAGUCAGUCCAUGAAUGUACAGAUAGAGAAACAGCAAGGGCUUUCUGUACAUUGCCUUUUAGGGAGGACAUAAAAUUGUGAAAAAUCCUAAUUAAGCAAGGGGACCUGAAUAAGCUUCUUUUCCCCCAAAUUAUAGAUGAAACUAAUGCCAGUGAUAGGUCCAAGUGGAUGAUUUUCACUGGGCAUGUUGAAUCUUAUUUUGAAGGCAAGUUGCCAUGAUUGUGCAAAUGAGAAUAAAGCCAACUGGGCUAAUGAGGGCUCUGAAGAUUUCAAGUUUGGGAAGUGAUUUAUUGAAAUCUCUUCAGUAAAUGUUAAAAAUAUUUCAUUGAAAAUGUGCAAUUGAUAAAACUGCAGAGAAAAUUUGAAGAGAGUAUAAGUAAUUGUGUGUAUCUCUGUGUGUGUUUCUGGCCGGUUUGAAUAUAUGAAUCAUCUGUGUGCACUGAGUCAUAAGUAUUAUAUCAGUUUCUAGGUGAUUUAUGGUUGCCAAAUGUUUUGAAGUAAGAUAGAUUCAAAAAAUAAAAACGUUAAUUUCUGU